AUGGAAAUCAGUGCUGCCGCCGGUUGCGUCAGCUCUUUGCCGAGCGUGCGGGAAGUCAGGACGCCCGCAAAGCGAGUCCAAAGUUACGACAAGAAGCUGACGUCCCUGACUGUGCCCUUGGGUGCUUUUGGCGGCUUGUUACUGGGCGCCCGCUCGCAAGCCCGCUCGCAAGCACCGAGCCGGAGGCUCGCGCCGACGCAGCGUCGCUACACCGCGGAGACCACGCGGGUCAUCGGGGACUGGGCGGACGGCCUCGUGGAAGCCGGCGAGGUGAAGCUCGUCGUCUCGGAGCUUCCGGGGGGCAUCACGCAAUUCCGCAGCGUCCACACCAAGGGCUCUCGCUAUGGAGAGGAGUAUGACCUGGGUGCUGGGAGCACCGAGAACUUGUACUUGCUCAAGCCAGAAUCGUCAGACAAACCCUGGCUUUUGAUUGGCGCAUUUAGCCGAGACAGCCAGAAUUUGAUGUUGGAAGUGAUGCAGAAGGAGCCUGGCUUAGUGGACAAGGUCGGAAUGCUCGUGCUGCAGUUCUUCGAUGGAGGGCAGGUCCCCUUCAUUGAGGAUCUUGUUGAGCAGCGGUCUGGCGAUCCGCUCUUGAUCUAUGCUUCGAUGCCUGUCAUUCUGGCACUGAAGAAGAAGUUGUCGGAGGCGGUGCUGGGGAAGGUGAGCUUUCUUCCCAUCAAGAACAGCUCCAGGCUCGAGCUCGACACCGGCCGGGUGAUGCGCUUCGUGCUGACCCCUACUCAGAAGCUGCCGGAAGCCACGUCGGCCUUCGACCCGCUCACCGGAAGCCUCUUCACGGGUAAGUUCUUCAGUGCGCACAGAGAGAUUGGCGAGAAAGACAGCCCUUUCGACACCCCAGGGAUUGAAGGCUGGGAGGCGUACGUGGAGGACUGGUAUCAUUUGUUCGACUGUUACUUCUUCACCAAGAGGGCGGCCUCGUCGGUGCGGAAGAUCUUCAUGCUUUGCGAGGCCCUACGUGGGCCGGAUGUGACACAGCUAGCUCCUCUGCAUGGCCCGGUGGUGCGGGAUCAGUGCUGGAAGCUGAUGGCGAAGUACGAAGCCUGGACCGAGCAAAAGCUGAGGAAAGAGACUCGCCGAGACUUCGAAGUCCUCGUGAUGUACGCCAGCGCUUACGGUCAUACCAAGGCCUUGGCUCAAGCCAUCUCCAAGGGUCUUGCGACAUCCGGCGUCAAGGUAGUGGACCUGAACCUGGAGCAUUGCACUGCCGAGGAUGUUUCAAAUGCGCUGCAGUCAGCUGACGGCUUCUGCAUUGGCAGUCCAACUUUGGGUGGUGAGAUGCCAUCCCAAGUCAAAGAAGCUCUCGGAGUUGUCCUGAGUUUGCCUGCAGAUCGACGCGUCCCUUGCGGAGUUUUCGGGUCUUUCGGUUGGAGUGGUGAAGCAGUCGAUGAGCUGCAAUUCCGCCUGAAGGAUUCUGGCUUCCCAUUAGCCUUCGAUCCCAUCCGAGCCAAAUUCAAGCCCACGCCAGAAACUCUGGAGCUUUGCACUCUGUCGGGCCUCCGCUUGUUUCAGAAGCUCUGCCGCGAUGUGCUGCAAAAGCGCAAGCGCAUGGCACGGAACUUGACCAAGGAGCCAGGCAGUGGGGCUUUGGAAGCCUUCGGGAAGAUGCGGACGUCGCAGGCCGUGAUGACAUCUCUUGGCCCAGAGGGUGACGUCUUCACCCCGGUCUCAUGGGUGAACCAGGCAUCUUUUGAGCCGCUCGGUAUCACUCUUGCCAUUCCAAAGCCAGAGGACGAGCUCGAGAAGGAGACGGAAAUUGAGGAGCCAGAGUUUCUCCUCGAUGGCAUUUUGAAGAACCACGAGAAGAUAAGAUCUCGUUAUGUAGAGGGCGAAGAAGUGACAGACAUUUUGAAGCAGCUUCUUGGUACAAGCGAUGCGGAUUGCCUCGACAAGGCGAUGGAAAUCCUUGAUCCGUACGACGACGGGUUGGUCACCUUUGACGAGCUGCGGAUCGCCGUGCAGCCAGGAGAGCCAUUGCGAGCCAUGAUGGAGGAGAGAGAAGGAAGCUCCCGGAAGGAAAGCCUGGGUCUGCAAGAUUUCCUGCUAAGCCUGGCACCUGAGGGCCAGAGCUAUGCCGAGCUGGCAAAGGCUGGACCCCACAAGAAGGCCAAGUCAACGAAUGGAUGCUUGGUGCUGGAAGGUUGCCAUGCAUUUCUUGAGUGCCAUGCCGUCUCGGUGCUGGAUGCCGGGAACUAUUCGUUGGUCUAUGCGGAGGUCACCUCUGGUAAAGUGUUGGACGAGAAGGUGAAGACAGACAUCAGAUCUGUCAUCGAGUCCUCAAACCUUGUCGGUUGGAACCUGCAGGAGGCCACCCAGGCCGCCCGUGCUCCGGCAAUGGCGGCGAUGCCCGCAACUUCGCACCUGCAAGCGCAGGGAUCCAUUUUUGCGGGUGCCACUACAAGCCCAGCACCCCAGAGAACCGCACAGAGAACCGCUCUGGCAGCACGAGGGGGAGAGGAGCGAGAUGUAGAAAUGUCUGAAAUUCAGAGUUGGACAGGCCUCACGCCUGGAAAGGAGUAUCGUUUGCAGACUAUGUCCAUCGAAGCCAUAGCGGAGGACACGAGCACCAUUCGCUCUUUGGACUGGGAUAGGGACCGUUUCGACAUCGAGUUCCGCUUGGAGCGUGGAACAACCUACAACUCCUACAUAAUCAAGGGCGCUGAGAAGACAGCUGUGGUAGACACUUCGCACGAAAAGUUUGAAGAUCUCUAUACUGCGGCGCUUAACAAGGAGGUGGAUUUGGCUAUGUUAGACUACUUGGUUGUGUCCCACACAGAGCCUGACCAUUCUGGUCUGAUUGGAAAGGUCCUUGAAAUGGCCGCUGCAGCUGGCAACGAAAAGCUCGAGGUGAUCGGUUCCAAAAUCUGCAUCCUCUACCUGAAGAACUUGGUGUUCCAGCCAUUCAAAAGCAAAGUUGUUCAGACAGGUGAUCAGAUUGAUCUGGGUGGCGGCCACACGUUGGAAUUCGUGAUUGCGCCGAACCUUCAUUGGCCUGAUACGAUGUUCACCUUCGACCACAAGACAGGAAUACUCUAUACGUGCGAUGCCUUUGGAAUGCACUACUGCUCUGACUAUUUGGAGGAUGUCGAAGGAGUGAAGGAGCUGCUCCCUCAUUAUGCCACGUACUACGACUGCCUCAUGAAGCCCAAUGCGAGAUCGGUUCUGACGGCUUUGAAAAAGAUCAACGACUUUGAUCUCAAGGCCGUGGCCACGGGGCAUGGGCCCAUGCUCUCGCAGAAUUUGGAGACUUUCGUUGAUUACUACCGGUCUUGGAGCGAGAAGGCGACUGCCAAGAUUGGCCCCUCAGUCGCCGUGUUCUGGGUCAGCAACUUCGGAGAAAGCGAGCGGCUCGCGCAGCUCUUUGCGCACGGCCUCACCAGCUGCAGCGUGAAUGUGGAGAUGCAUGACCUGAAUGCUGUGGACGGGCUGGAAAUCACCGAAUGUCUCGGCCGGAACGAGAUCAUCGUCUUCACGGCUCCGCCGAAGGAGUCGACUGGAGCAAGUAACAUCGGCAACAUCGUGGCGAACGUGAAGCCCAAGAAGCACCAGUUUGUCGUGCUGGACAGCUGCGAUGAUGCCCAGGAGCCCGUGGCCUUGCUGAGGAGCCGGAUGCUCGAGGCCAACAUCCCGGAGGCGUUGCCUGCGAUGGAGGUGACGAAUCGGCCGAUCACCGCGCAGACCCUUCACACCUUCGAGGAGGCGGGGAUGCAGAUUGGCAAGAAGCUGACUCAGAAGAGCAAGGCAGCAGCUGCGAAGAACCAGGACAAAGAUCUUUCCAAAGCUCUGGGACGCCUGGCGAGCUCCCUUUACAUCGUUACAGCCAAGAAGGCAGGGGUCCGCCACGCCAUGGUGGCGAGCUGGGUAACGCCUGCAUCCAGCAAGCCCCUGGGUGUUUCUGUAACUAUCGCCAAGGAGCGUGCCAUGGAACCUUUGUUGCGAAUUGGUGACAGCUUCACUUUGAACAUCCUGGAGGACGGCAAACGGGAGACGUUGCAGGUGAUGAAGCAUUUCUUGCAGCGCUUUGCUCCCGGAGUGGAUCGUUUGGAGGGCGUGGAUCACAUCGAGGGAUCCAACGGCGCGGCCAUUCUGAGGUCGGCCUGUGCAUACCUCGAGUGCAAGAUUGUCUCGCGCAUGGAUGCCUCUGACCAUUGGGUGGGCUAUGCGGAGGUUGUAGGCGGCGAAGUCUCAAGUCCAAGCGCUACAGCCGCUGUCCACCAUCGGAAGGUGGGAACUUACUAUUGA